AUGAAUGAUCAUGCGAUAGCAGAACUACUUAGCCGAUUAGAAAAUGGCGAAAUUUCGGAGGAUGGUAUGGAAUCGGACGAGGAUGACCUACCCUACUACACAACGCAUAAAGAGUUGGUAAAAGAUCUUGAAAAUUACUAUGAAGAGAACCUUUUCGAAGAAGUUCCAGCUGCUGAAGAUGAUGAAGAGCCGCCGUUGAUACAAGAUGAUGCUGAAUCCAAUAUUCCAUCGCCAUUACCAGGUAUAAGUUCUCAAAUUCCAGUUUUUAGCAUGAACAGCACAAGGAACUUAGUUUGGAAGAAGCAAUCACUUGUGUUUGAUGAAAAUAACAUCAAAUUUGGAGGAAGCGAAGAACUUACUUCUGAAGUAACAGAUCUGCAAAGUCCAUUUCAAUUUUUCACCUACUUCUUUACAAAUGAAUUGUUGGAAAAUAUUAUAAUUGAAACAACCAGAUAUGCUGUACAAAAAGAACCAGCUAGACCAGAAUCUGUAACGAUUACUGACCUACGUAAAUAUUUAGGUAUUCUAAUAUUUAUGUCUGUAUACCACUACCCCAGUACCAGAUCUUUCUGGUCCAAUAAGUUUGGCUUCGCGCCAAUCAAGGAAGCAAUGACGGUCAACAAGUUUGAGAAAAUUCGAAAGAUACUACAUUUCAACAAUAACGAGAACCAUCUACCUAUCAGUCACCCCCAGCAUGACAAAUUAUAUAAACUAAGACCAAUAAUAGACCACCUCAACCAGCAAUUUUCUAGCGUAACAAUAGAACAGAGGUUAUCAAUAGAUGAGCAAAUGUGUGCAACCAAAAUAGGUCAUUUUCUCAAACAGUACCUUCCAAACAAACCCCACAAAUGGGGGUUCAAACUAUUUGUUCUUUGCAAUUUGAUGGGUUAUGCUUACAGAUUUCAAAUCUAUGCUGGCAAAGAGGUCGAUGAUCGAUUGCCUAAUGAGCCAGAUGUUGGAGUAGUGGGACAAACUGUACUGAAGCUCCUGAGGAUGGUUCCGAGACAUCGUAACCACAUCGUAUACUUUGACAAUUACUAUACAUCCUUGCCGCUAAUGUACACUUUAGCAAAAGAAGGGAUUCACACUUUGGGGACUAUACAGAGAAACCGCUUGGGAAAAUCAUGUAAGCUACCAACAAAACAGGAUGUCAUGAAAAGUUCAGUACCAAGAGGUUCAUUUGACGAAUAUACGACUAACUUUGAAGGAGUGGACAUAACAACUGUCAGUUGGAAAGAUAAUAAGCAAGUUGUGUUGGCUUCUACGUAUGUCGGUGCUCAACCUGUGGAAAACAUAGACAGAUUCGAUAAGAAAGAAAGAAAAAGGAUCCCAAUUACAUGUCCUAGAUUAAUCAAAGAGUACAAUGCCCACAUGGGUGGGGUUGACUUAAUGGAUUCCUAUUUGGGUAGAUACAGAAUACGGAUGAAGAGCAGGAAAUGGUAUAUCCGAAUCUUCUAUCAUCUUUUAGAUUUGUCUGUGAUCAACUCUUGGAUUGUCUAUAAGAAGGUAUCGACUCAAAGAGGUGCUUUACCGAAGAACAUUCUGAGCCUGGCCGAUUUUAGAGCAGAACUUGCAGACACGUUGUGCAAAUAUGCUCCAACUGCUUCCAGAGGCCGCCCACGAACUGGCAGCCCAGCCUGUAUAGCAGAUGGGCCAGCUCCAAAACUCCGAAGAGGCAUACAAUGCCAAACAUUACCUCCGCUAGAAAUCAGACUGGAUAAGAAUGAUCACAACCAGAUUAGAACUGAUUCUCGUGGUCGAUGCAUGUUGCCUUCUUGCCAUUUACUCAGCAUAAUAAAGUGUGAUAAAUGUAAUGUACAUUUAUGCUCUAAAAAGUCGAAAGAUUGCUUCAAAGUCUUUCACAACUGUACCAAUAUUUAG